CGGUUUAUUAGGAGGGAGUGGUGGAGCCGGGCCAGGCAGGAAGACGCUGGAAUAAGAAACAUUUUUGCUCCGGCCCCUUUCCCAGUCCCAGGAGGCCGCCGCGCCAGCCGCGCCGAGCCAGCCCCUCCCCGGCCCCAGCCCUGCCCGGGGCCGCGCCCGGACCCCAGACCCUGGCCCGCUGUCCAGCGCCCGUCGUGCGACCGCGGCCGCCGCCGGGGAGGGGAGGAGGCCGCCUGCUGCACGCUCGCGCCGCGCUGCCCGCAGGGCAGGCCCAGAGGGACCAUGACCUUGGACCCUCCCAGGAGAACACUUCUGAUGCUACUGACGGCCUUGGGCCUGACCCAGGGCGACCCCGUGAAGCCCUCUCGGGGCCCACUGGUGACCUGCACGUGUGAGAACCCAUACUGCAAAGGGCCUACCUGCCAGGGGGCCUGGUGCACAGUAGUGCUGGUGCGGGAAGAGGGCACACGCCUCCAGGAACAUCGGGGCUGCGGGAGCCUGAACCAGGAGCUCUGCAAGGGGCGGCCCACCGAGUUCCUCAACCACUACUGCUGCUACAGCCCCUUCUGCAACCACAACGUGUCCCUGGUGCUGGAGGCCACCCAGACUCCGCCAGAGCAGCCGCAAGAAGAUGGCCAGCUGCCUCUCAUCCUGGGCCCUGUGCUGGCCUUGCUGGUCCUAGUGGCUCUGGGUGCCCUGGGCCUGUGGCAUGUCCGGCGGAGGCAGGAGAAGCGGCGGGGCCUGAACAGCGAGCUGGGCGAGUCCAGCCUCAUCCUGAAGCCAUCCGAGCAGGGGGACAGUGUGCUGGGGGACCUCCUGGACAGUGACUGCACCACCGGCAGUGGCUCAGGGCUCCCCUUCCUGGUGCAGAGGACGGUGGCGCGGCAGGUCGCUCUGGUGGAGUGUGUGGGAAAGGGCCGCUACGGCGAGGUAUGGCGGGGCCUGUGGCACGGUGAGAGUGUGGCCGUCAAGGUCUUCUCCUCGAGGGAUGAACAGUCCUGGUUCCGGGAGACUGAGAUCUACAACACGGUGCUGCUCAGACACGACAACAUCCUAGGCUUUAUCGCCUCGGACAUGACUUCCCGCAACUCAAGCACACAGCUGUGGCUUAUCACGCACUACCACGAGCACGGCUCGCUCUACGACUUUCUGCAGAGGCAGACGCUGGAGCCCCAGCUGGCCCUGAGACUAGCUGUGUCCGCGGCCUGCGGCCUGGCGCACCUGCACGUGGAGAUCUUCGGCACGCAGGGCAAGCCGGCCAUCGCCCACCGCGACCUCAAGAGCCGCAACGUGCUGGUGAAGAGCAACCUGCAGUGCUGCAUCGCGGACCUGGGCCUGGCUGUAAUGCACUCCCAGGGUAGUGACUACCUGGACAUCGGCAACAACCCGCGAGUGGGCACCAAGAGGUACAUGGCCCCCGAGGUGCUGGAAGAGCAGAUCCGAACCGACUGCUUCGAGUCCUACAAGUGGACGGACAUCUGGGCCUUUGGCCUGGUGCUGUGGGAAAUCGCCCGCCGGACCAUUGUGAAUGGCAUCGUGGAGGACUACAGGCCACCCUUCUACGAUGUGGUGCCUAAUGAUCCCAGCUUUGAGGACAUGAAGAAGGCGGUGUGUGUUGACCAGCAGACCCCCACGAUCCCCAACCGGCUGGCUGCAGACCCGGUCCUCUCAGGCCUGGCUCAGAUGAUGCGGGAGUGCUGGUACCCAAACCCCUCUGCCCGCCUCACUGCGCUGCGGAUCAAGAAGACGCUACAGAAGCUCAGCAACGGUCUCCAGAGGCCCAAAGUGACUCACUAGCCGCAGGCCUGGAGCCUGGCUCCCCUCUGCCUGCAGUGUGUGUGGUGGGCAGUGGAUGGUGGCCUGUCUGGGUAGAGGUUCCGUGAGUGUGUGUGCUGGGGAGGGGAGUGCCCCUCUGUGGGCAGCUGUGCCUGCUCAACUCGGCCCCCAGCCCAUCCAGCCAAAAAUCCAGCUGGGCUGAAACC